UCGGCCUCUCCGCCGUGGCCGCGGCCGCGCCGCCGACCCCGACCCCGACCUCCUCCUCCUCUUCGUCCUCCUCGCCGGCCCCCCGUCUCACCCUUCGCCUCGGCCUGCCGGGCUCCGAGUCCCCCGACCGCGACCGGGACUGCUGCGAGGACGUCGCCGCCACGCUCUCCCUCGGCCCGCUGCCGGCGGCCGCCGCCGUCUCCGCCAAGCGCGCCUUCCCGGACCCCGCCCAGCGCCCCGGCGCUUCCAAGGCUAGCGACGCCAAGCAGCAGGCUUCCCCCGCCGCGCCGCCGGCCGCCAAAGCGCAGGUGGUUGGAUGGCCGCCCGUGCGCAACUACCGGAAGAAUACCCUCGCCGCCGCGACCGCCUCCAGGAGCAAGGCGCCGGCGGAGGAGGCCGCGUCCGGAGCUGGGCCCAUGUACGUGAAGGUGAGCAUGGAUGGCGCGCCCUACCUCAGGAAGGUGGACAUCAAGAUGUACUCCAGCUACGAGGACCUCUCCCUGGCGCUCGAGAAGAUGUUCAGCUGCUUCAUCGCUGGUCAAAGUGGUCUGCAUAAAUCAUCGAGCAAAGACAGGCUCACUAAUGGCUCAAAGGUGGAUGCUCUCAAAGAUCAGGAGUAUGUCCUUACAUAUGAGGAUAAGGAUGCAGACUGGAUGCUUGUCGGUGAUCUUCCCUGGGAUUAUUUUACCUCUAUCUGCCGGAAGCUCAAAAUCAUGAGGGGCUCUGAUGCUGUUGGAAUAGCUCCACGAACCGUCGAGCAGACAGGUCAGAACAAAUAAGCUUUGGCCUUUGCCUGCAUCCAAGGAAGACAUCUGAGCUAGCUGGGAGACUAUGUUGAAGGCUGAAGCCUGAAAUAGUUGCCGGGAAUCGUCAAAACCCGUCAAGUGUUUAGUGUAGUUUUCACGUGUCCUUGAGACAUGUGCAUUUGUAUGUCUGUGACGUGAUCCGUUAGAUCGUGCAAUCGUAGGUUGCUGUUCUUGUGCCCUUUGAAGGCCAGACAGAUCAGGGAGCUCUCUGCUUCCUUAGUGCACUUGCUUUGCAGCAUUCCUUGUUAUUCUACUCUGAAAUCAUACAUCAUGCCACAAGAACCGAUGGUUCGUGAUGUCAAGAGAGCUGCCCUAAUUGUUCCAUUGUAAC